GUCACACAGCCUGCAGCCACCAAACCACUACGGCGCAGACUCUCAGUCGCUUUUCUAGCACUUCUGUAGCCUAUCUUUACUCUAUCAUAAACCAUUCUCGCCCAUAAUGAAGAGGUUAUUUGGUCGCGAUAAACCCAAGCUUACCAAGCCUUCUGCCGCUUCCGACGUUUAUGCAGAGGACAGCCAUUACUCUACUGAUAACCAGUAUUAUGCGCAAACUCCUCAUGGCCCCGAUCGUGGACAGAUCCACUCGCAAGAACGUUCGCGUGUCAUUGUCCGUUCUUCGUCUGAUGAACCCUGGGAUGUGGUCUCGUCUCAGGACGGCUCCCCUGUGCCAGCAGCGUUUGUUCCGCGUGCGAUCUCUCCGUUCGGAACUGUUUCCAUAAGUUCAACGACAUCCACGAAUCCCCAAGACCGCGAUCGUGACCUACAAACGCCACGCAAGAAAUCGUCCGGUAAUAUCAAUGCUGUCGCUGCUGUUGGUAUACUACGUGCACUUGAUCCUCACUUAGACGUCCACCCACAACCCAGGGAUCACUUGGACGACACUGUUAACAUUAAACCAAUAGAGAAGAAGGAGAAGAAGGGCUUCUGGGAGCGUGCUAGUGGGAGAGAUAAAGACAAGGAUAAGUCGCGUACUAAAGAGAAGGAGAGGCGAGAAGAGGAGGGUCAGGCAGAGCUGACGAGAAUGAUCGGCUAUCUGACCGCUACCGCUUCGGAAGAUUGGUCCCUUGUCCUUGAAGUCUCCGAAAGAGCAUCUACCAGUGAGGCGGCAGCUAAGGACACGGCCAAGGCGCUACGGCGGGAAUUCAAAUAUGCUGAACCACCAGCUCAACUAUCCGCCGCUAGGCUUUGGGCGAUAUUGCUUCGCAACGCCUCUGGGACGUUCAUAAAUCAAUGCGCUUCCCGGAAAUUCUUAGAUACUCUCGAGGAGGUCAUACAAUCCCCACAUACAUCGCCGGUCGUCCGUGAACGAUUACUCCAGGUUUUAGCAGCGGCGGCAUACGCUAGUGGUUCUGGUUCAAAACCUGGUCGUGCAGAAAAGGAUCCAUUCCGUCAUCUAUGGCGUAAACUGAAGGCACCUUCGCAGCCUGAUGAGGGCAUUCCGUUUGAUGCUGAUGAAUCUAUGCUCAAUCCUCCUGUCACGCCUAUUCCCCCGCGUGAAUCAUCACCCAUACCGCCGCAUCAGAGACCUCCAUCUAAUACCAAACACAAAACGUCCUCUCCGCGCAUCAUUCCUCCAGAGGAAGACAUGCGUAGGUUGUUCCAAGAGUGCAAGGUUGGCAAGGGAAAUGCAUCACUAUUGUCUGAAGCUCUAGCAUACGCGAAACCCGAGGAUCUCAAACAUAAGUCCGUUAUAAAGGAGUUUUAUGCAAGAUGUCGAGCGUCACAAGAAUUGAUUUACGCACAAAUACCAUGGGCCUCAGCGAAUGCCGAACGAUCUCGUCAAGCUGCUGGCAGAGAGUCACCUGUGGUCAGGCGCAAGAACUCUGCUGGUACUCCACGCUCAAAUGUCCUUUCCAUCGUUGGUGAACCAGAAGAUGCCCCCGGGCUCACAGUAGAAGAACAGCUUCUGGCAGCUCUUCUAAACGCCAACGAAGAACUGACCGAGGCGUUAAGACUGUACGAUGAUCUCGAACGCGUCAAGAUCGAGAGAGAAGCUGAAAGGCGGAGCAAGAAAGAAACUAGAAUGGACCCUAGAGUAUCAGAGACCUCCGAUAGAUCAUUCCGACAGCUCCGCUUCUUUGGCUCGGCCUCGAUCAAAUUAUGGCCACAAUGGGCACAUAUCUUCUCCCAGUUCGUCGCCGUCGCCUUCGCCACCUCCUUCCGUCGUGGUCACGCCGAUUAUUCCUUCGCAUACCCAUCCACUUCCUCCUAUACCGCACCACAAUCCAGCUAGCAGCCAAUUGGGCUCCCAAACGCUUGCACCUCCUCCACCAGCCCCUCAUGGACCACGUCUUCCUUCCCAUUACACCAGCAGCCGCUCACGGAGUCCGUCACCAGAUCGACUUGCUACACCUUCACCCCAGCAAAUGGAAUAUUCAGACUCGAAUAAGUCGCAGAUUGGGUCCAGCAACAUCGGGCAGGCGGAUGAUUCGUCCUUCUCUGAAUUAGAGUUUGACUUCAAUCCCCAACAACCCAGCGCAAAGGCCUUGGGUAAGCGUAGACAGCUUGAACCUAGUGACGUAGACAAUCCCUUCGAUCCUGAUGAUAUGUUCUACGACCAUGGCCCUGAUUCGAGGCAAUCCGAUAGCUUCAGUGACUCUGACUCCGACGACGCUUAUUCAGGAUCUAAACGUCCACACAUUCAUUACGUCUAUGACGCGGCUGCUGAACGCACAAAGCAACGCAUAAAGGAGAGUCGUUUGGCCGCCGCGGCGUUGGAUGGGCUUACUAUUUGAGUCCUUCUACUUACAUACUAUCGGAUUCUGUACAGCACUCUAUUUCUCACUUAGGACGGAGGUUUAUCCGCUGUUUCGUUAUACAUGAUUACUUUGUUGUACUUUAGAUACUGAACAUGGAUUUCGGAUUGUCGAUUACAGUAGUUACACGUUCUUCGCAACACUCGCUCCCGAUUUGGAUAAGCCUCCGCGAAAAAUAUAUCUGCUUAUAUAAGCGCAAUCACAC